AUGUCCACAGGUCAGCCCUUGGUGCCUCCGAAAGACCUCGUGCUCACAGCUGAGACAGGUUCCGGCAAGACACUAGCGUAUCUGGCGCCGUUGCUCUCGAGGUUGGCCUGGUCCAUCACGGAUGCCUCCCCUGAGGGUGUUUAUCUCUUGAUAUUGGUACCAACACGAGAGCUCGUCCAGCAGAUCUCCCGAGUCGUGGCAUCUCUACUGUCCUACCAUCCCCUUCUCCGGAGCAGCUUUCUUUGUGGUGGGUACAGUAUUGAUGAUGAUGUGGAAAGGAUCGCUAAGGAAGAUCGACCGCAUGUUCUAGUGUGCACCCCUGGUCGACUCAUAUCGCAUCUAUCUAGUACUAGUGGCCUCUACUGCCUCCUCAAGCAGUCUCUACACUUGUUAGUAGUGGAUGAGUUCGAUAGAAUGGCUGAUAUGGGGUUCCUACCACAGCUUGAGCACAUCUAUUCGGCCCUUCUUGGCUGCCGCUCGGAUGUUGGUAUCGUAUUGUGUUCGGCUACUAUUAGCCCAGCGUCAUCAAGUUCCCUUUCCGUUACGCCUGAUAAGCUGCGACAAGAGGUUUUGUUUUUCAACGCAGAUCAGUUCCAAGCGACUUUGGAGGCGAUGAUAUACCGUGCUACUACGGAUGACGGGACGGCAGAUCGUCACAGAGUGUUGGUACUUUUCCCAACGGUCCGAAUACUACAGCUCUUCUAUGUCAUGACCAAGGCUCGGCGGCGACAGAAGGGGACCAAGACAGCUCUACAUGCUACUCGAAUCGCAGCCCUACACGCUCAAUUGUCUAAUGAUAAGAGGCGUAGUAUUGCUGAUGAGUUCCUGCAUCCUGAUGAUUCAUGCUUGAAUAAGGUCCUGUUCGCUACUGAUAUUGCUGCUAGAGGGUUAGAUUGGAGCCAAAUCAGUCACGUCAUUCAGAUUGAUGUCCCCCAUGCUCAAAGUGAAGGGGAAGUUGUAGACCAGUACGUCCAUAGGAUGGGAAGAACCGCUCGAGGAGGGUCUGCGGGAGUCAGCACGCUCAUGCUACCGCGAAGGCUGCAUCCCAACGGUCUUCCAAGGAUACUUGCUGGUCACAGUGACCGGUUGGUGAUGCUGAACGACUCUGACAUGCUCGAUUCGUACAUGUCAAAGUUGCCCGUGGGAGAAAUUGAACCUGUCUGGUUCGAACCUGGGUCCUGUCAGCUUGGCUAUCGAAGUUUGAUGGCAUUCUAUCACAGGCAGAUGCAGUUGUCGUGUACAAAUGAUUUUGAUGUUCGUAAGGAAGAUAUCAUCAAGUGUGUGAAUGACAUGAUACUGAGCACGGGCCUGUUGAAGCGGCAACCCAUGUUGAACAGGAAGUUUGUGGACCAACUGGGGUUCACUGGUCUGCCGGGCAUCCGUAUUGGCAGCUACUUUGAGAAGGCUAGAGAGGCUGAGGAGAUUGAAAAGGAACAACUCAGAGAACCUUUUGGACAGCGGCUCGCAUGA